AUUGUAGCGCAUGCGCCUUCAUUCAAACGGUUGUGGAGACUGCGCAGGCUCGUUUUGCGGACUCGCUGUACGGGAGAGGGAGGUACAGGUGAAGUCCAGGGCACGCAUGCGAUGCAAAAAGUUUUGUAGCAUGUCGAUCCUCUGCGCCUGCGCAAAGGGGAGUGAAAGAGGAACAGUUACAUCCUGCAGCUUCCUGGCUUCCUUUCCCCCCCAAUCCCUUUCCUGAUGCGCUUGCGCAUAAUGUUGCUGCAGGGGCCUUGCGGAAUAAUGAUCCGUUGCACCUGCGCAAGGGAGAAAGAAUUGCAAUAGGGAGACAUGCUGCUAAAUAGUGAGCUAUGAGUACUGUUACUGGCUUUCACAAGGGAAGAAGAAGAGGGGACCAGGAAUGAUGGUCGAGUAGGGAGGGGAGUUAUCUUUUGGUCUUGUUACUGUUAUCAUCCCUGCUCAUUUCACCUGCCUGGGUCACUGGCUUGCCCCAUCUUAUUCUGACAGACAACAAAGUGGCAGAAGUUACUUACUGAGGCCAACAGGGUGAAGUUUGCACACAAACAUUUCUUUAACUAACCUGUGAAAUCCUGUCUGACUGCCAAACUGGCGAUGUCAAGGGUACCGAGUCCUCCUCCUCCGGCAGAGAUGUCAAGUGGACCUGUUGCAGAGAGCUGGUGUUAUACUCAAAUUAAAGUGGUGAAAUUUUCCUACAUGUGGACCAUUAACAACUUCAGCUUUUGCCGGGAGGAAAUGGGAGAGGUCAUCAAAAGUUCAACGUUUUCAUCAGGAGCUAAUGAUAAAUUGAAAUGGUGUUUGCGUGUGAAUCCAAAGGGCUUGGAUGAAGAGAGUAAAGACUACCUUUCACUCUACCUGUUACUGGUCAGCUGUCCAAAGAGCGAAGUCCGAGCCAAAUUCAAGUUCUCCAUCCUGAAUGCAAAAGGAGAAGAAACAAAAGCAAUGGAGAGUCAGCGAGCCUAUCGGUUUGUGCAAGGCAAAGACUGGGGGUUCAAGAAGUUUAUUAGAAGAGAUUUUCUCCUGGAUGAGGCCAACGGACUCCUCCCAGAUGACAAGCUCACUCUCUUCUGUGAGGUGAGUGUAGUACAGGACUCUGUCAAUAUCUCCGGCCAGAACUCCAUGAACAUGGUGAAGGUACCUGAAUGCCGCUUGGCUGAUGAGUUGGGAGGCCUCUGGGAAAACUCUCGCUUCACAGACUGCUGCCUGUGUGUGGCAGGCCAGGAGUUCCAAGCUCACAAAGCCAUAUUAGCAGCACGUUCUCCGGUAUUCAGUGCUAUGUUUGAACAUGAAAUGGAAGAGAGUAAAAAGAAUCGAGUUGAAAUCAAUGACGUGGAACCUGAAGUUUUUAAAGAAAUGAUGUGUUUCAUUUACACGGGGAAGGCACCUAACCUCGAUAAAAUGGCUGAUGAUCUGCUUGCAGCUGCUGACAAGUAUGCUUUGGAACGCUUGAAGGUGAUGUGCGAGGAUGCUCUAUGCAGCAACUUGUCAGUAGAAAAUGCAGCGGAGAUCCUAAUCUUGGCUGAUCUACACAGUGCUGACCAGCUAAAAACUCAGGCAGUUGACUUCAUCAACUACCAUGCUUCUGAUGUCAUGGAGACGUCAGGCUGGAAGUCGAUGGUCGUCUCUCACCCUCAUUUGGUGGCUGAGGCAUAUCGUUCAUUGGCCUCUGCACAGUGCCCUUUUCUGGGACCCCCACGCAAGAGGCUGAAGCAAUCCUAAAGGUGGACCCCAUCGCACAACCCCAUGUGCACGUUUGUGGCUUUUUUAAAAAAAGAAAAAAUGGAAGUAGCAAUGGAAGCAGUUGCUUUUCCAACCUUGACCACCAGGUAGAUGAUGCAACCUGUGGAGCUUUUUACUCUGUUGUGGGGGCGGGUGGGGGGAAAGACUGCUUUGGGACAUGCAGACUUUUAAAAAAAUCAAAAACAAAAAAAUCAGCAACAAGUAAACUUAGGGGCAAAUGGGGAGGGGUGGACUUUUGGGUAAAGGGGGACUGUUCAGUCUAAUAUAUCCCUGUUGCUGCAUUGUCUGUGUGUUUCCCUUUGACUUGGCUGAGUCAAGAACUUGAGGGGUUGGCCAGGUGCCGGCCCGAGACAACAGAUCCCAACAGUGCUAAGUGGAAUUUACGGCAAAAAAGAGACAAUGUUUGGCCUGACAGCACCGAACAAGAAAUCAGGCAUAAUCAGAGCAAAGAGGAUGCUCUGUUUUGUUUCGGAAAUGAUAUAGAGGAAUGGGCGGAAAGAAGAGUCUGCCUUGGUGAAAUGAAGCCCACUAAUGGGAGCAUCAAUGGGAUUAAUAUCUAGACUUUUGAGAGAGUGAGAGAGCUUCCAGCCAUUGUGAAAUCCCCGUGUUCGCCAUCCAGCCAUGAGGUGAUGGUCUCUCUUGGUAGCACUUGUACAUGAAUUGCAAAUAUAUAAAUAUAUAUAUAAGUGAGCCCCUCUCACAAAACAGCAACUUUUAAAAAGUGAAGAGGGGUCUGCGUAAGGAUACGAUCCCUGGAUGACGUGGAAAAGAUGGAGACAGCCAUUAUCGGCUUUCAGGAACUGUUGGCGAUAGUCUUGACUUGGAAUUGGCUGUCCGAGAACAAUGGUUACCUGUUUAGAUAUUGUGGGGAUUUUUGUUCUUUUGGUAUCUUUUUCCCUGUUUUAGUUUUAACUCCUGUGAUUCCUUCACAUCCUCUGACCUUUCAUGUUUUUUUAAAAGAAAUUUUAUUGUCAUGAACACUGUGUCAAAGGUUUCUUGUCCUGAGUUGCUAAAAUGAUUCUUAUUGAGUGUUUGUACCCAAUCUGCUGGUUUGUAGAAGAUCUGGUCCUGUUCUAUUCUAAACCAGUCUCCUUUUACAGGAAAGAAGUUCCAAAAUAGCCGGUAAAACGUUUUUCUUUUCUUUUUAUUUUGAAAUAUAAUUACUCUUUUGUACUGUG